AUGGAGACGAAGAUGAAGAAAUUCGGAAGAAGAAAAGUCUCAAUUCCUGAUGAAAUAAUGUUUGAAAUAUUCUCAUGGCUUCCUAUUCAAUCUUUAAUGCGUUUCAAGUGUGCUUCCGGAUUUUGUAAUUCUCUAGUAUCCGAAUCACACUUUUCGGAUAUCCAUAGAUGUCAUUCUAUGACCCGUCCUGGAACAAACUUCUUUCUCCAUGAAAGGAAAGGUUUUUACUCGGUUGAGCAAGAGAAAGGUGGAAAUAUGUCUGCCUCUCUUUUUCAACCUGAGAGAUUUAUUGAAUCUAUAAAUAAAUCUCGUAUGAAUUGCGCUAAUGGUUUAUUUUGCAUUUGGCAACCAUCAAUUGUUCGAUCUGCUGUAAUUUUCAAUCCCGGUACAAGAGAAGUUAGAUCUCUUCUGCUCCCAAAUAAAGCAUUUGAUGUUAAAUCUGAAAAUUUUGAAAUUAUUACACUGUGGAAUGAAUCUACCUGGUUCUACUAUUACCACCUGAUAGAGGUGAAGGGAAAAUUAGCAGUAGUGGAUUGUCACAUGGUAAGCAACUCCUUCGACUUGUGGAUUUUAGAGCAUUCUCUAGAAAGAAAAUGGAAGAGAUGUGUCAUUCAAUUUCCUUCAAACUGGAAUUACAAAGUGCCUCGACCUAUAUCAUCCUGCAUGUCUCGUGAUGGAAAUAUUGUACUCAUCCGCAACGAGAAACACAAGGAGAUGGAGAAAAAUAGAAAUCAAGGGGCUUCCUGA